CUCCUCGUUCCUGUCCAGUCUCCAUUUCCGGAAAAGUGGGAAAACCGUUUUGGAGUUGUCUCUUACAAAUGCAUCCUUAUUUGCUAUCGUUCUGAGUUAUAUUCUAACAAGUGAGGGCUUAUUAUUUACUGUUGACGAUACUUUACGCUUCAUCGCUAUCGAUUGGAACAUUUAUUAGUUCUUUUUACUGGAAAAAGUUGUAGUUCAUGGUCAGCCUACGCACAAGACUCCGGAAUUUUCCUUCAAAGAAGACAAGUCUACGUUGGGGAGAUUCUUGCGUCAGAUUUUUCCCGUUUUCCUUGACCUUUCAGUGAUUUGAAGCUGUUUUAUUUUCUAUCACCAAUUCACCGGUUCAAAUCAAAACUUUGUUUCUUAUUUUGAAAAUGUUGGAACACUGUCUUUAGUUAUUUCGCCAAGCAACAACUCCUGAAUAAUCCCACAUCACCUUUCGAAUUUCCGGAAAAGAGGGAGGAGAGUCUUGAUAUUAAAAAAGAAAUUAGUUGAAAAAGAGAGAAGCCAAAAUGACGACCAACAUAGCUGGUGUAAUAUCUGUGGUCUUCUUCUACGUCAUCAUCUUAGUAGUGGGCAUAUGGGCUGGCAAGAAAAAGAGAAGUCCCAACAGUGACAGUGAUCUAGAAGAGAGUGAAGAAGUGAUGUUAGCGGGUCGGAAUAUAGGAAUGUUCGUUGGAAUAUUCACCAUGACAGCAACCUGGGUAGGCGGAGGAUACAUAAACGGAACUGCUGAGGCAAUAUAUAGCAAUGGUAUAUGGUGGUGCCAAGCACCAUUUGGAUAUGCUCUCUCACUUGUUUUAGGGGGCUUGUUCUUUGCCAACAAGAUGAGAGAGGAAGGAUAUGUAACUAUGUUGGAUCCGUUUCAAGAUUUGUUCGGAAGCAGAAUGGGAGGUUUACUUUUCAUGCCAGCACUUUGCGGGGAGGUCUUCUGGUCAGCGGCCAUCUUGGCUGCUUUAGGUGCCACAGUUAGUGUUAUUAUUGAUCUGGAUAACAAUACCUCCAUCAUAGUAUCUGCUUGCAUUGCACUCUUUUAUACUUUGUUUGGUGGUCUGUAUUCUGUAGCAUAUACUGAUGUCAUUCAACUGUUUUGUAUAUUUGCUGGUCUGUGGCUUUGCAUUCCCUUCUGUAUUACCAACGAAGCAGUAGGAAGCUUAUCUUUGGCGGACAAUGAUUGGGUUGGAGAACUGGAUCCAAUGUACUUCGGAUUAUGGCUAGAUUAUGGAUUGCUACUUAUUUUAGGUGGAAUUCCGUGGCAAGUAUAUUUCCAAAGAGUGUUAUCAUCAAAGACUGCCUUCCGUGCUCAGCUCUUAUCCUAUGUUGCAGCGGUAGGGUGUCUAAUAAUGGCCGUUCCACCCAUGAUCAUUGGAGCUGUAGCUAAAGCAACAGCCUGGAACUUGACUUCAUUCCCCGGUCCCUUGCCUUUGGAUGCAGACCACACGCCUCUUGUGCUGCCCAUGGUUUUACAAUAUCUCACGCCAGCCUUUGUAUCCUUCGUCGGACUCGGGGCAGUAUCAGCGGCCGUCAUGUCAUCUUCAGAUUCCUCCAUUCUAUCUGCAGCCUCCAUGUUUGCCAGAAACAUCUAUAAAUUAAUCAUUCGACAAAAUGCUUCAGAACGAGAAAUCAUAUGGGUAAUGAAAGGCGCCAUCCUUUUUGUUGGCUUCAUGGCAACCGCCAUGGCCUUGACGGUCAAAUCCAUAUAUGGUUUAUGGUACCUAUCUUCCGAUUUAGUAUACGUGAUGCUAUUCCCACAACUAGUGUGUGUCGUCCAUUUCAAGAAAUUCUGCAAUACAUAUGGUUCCCUCUGCGCCUAUAUAAUAGGCUUUCUCUUAAGAGCUCUUGGUGGUGAAAAAAUAGUUGGCCUACCAGCUCUCAUCAAAUACCCAUAUUUCCUCGAAGAAACAGGAGAACAACUUUUCCCGUUCCGAACCCUCUCGAUGUUAAUAAGUUUGUCAACGUUGCUGGCAGUGUCCAGAUCCACCAAAUGGCUCUUCGAAAAUGGACAUAUCCCUCCUGCACUGGACAUCUUCCACUGCGUGGUCAACAUUCCUGACGACAUCCUUAAGGUUCAAGAGCCCCAUGAAGGUGAGAUGAGUGUCCUCAACGCCCAAAUUGCGAUGGUCAAGACAUAUCAAUCGGAAAUGAAUGGUCGCAUAAAUCCUGCUUUAAACUUGAGUAGCGAUGAGGCUGAAUCGGAUGUGAAUUUACCGAUGGCACCACCUCCUUACAGCGCCAAACCCCCUUCCCAGAACACGACAAACUUUUGAAUCUUGAGCGGCGCUUGCAAGAUUCAAAGGGAAAGAUUAAAGUGUUAGCAAUGUCAUUAGUUUUUGCAGCGCUUUGUUUGUUCCUAGCCCUGUUCACAAUCCUGUAAUUGUGGGGUACUUAAAAUAAGAUGUUAUGAGGCAUUUUAGCAAUCUAAACGUAACGUUUUAAUAACAUUAAGUGUUUAAAUAAUAUUAUAUUUUUCACGUCAGAAAACUGAGCUUUCUUAUGGGGUAACUAUUUGCUCAGAUGUUUCCGAAAUAUUAAGUAGAAUUUCUUCAGGAUAGUCAUCGUUGUAAAAAAUUGUAUAUUUUUUGAAUUUUUUUUUCUUUCGAAGAAGAGAAUUGUUAUAUAAACAAGAGUUUUAGAAAAAUUCCUUUAGUCAAUUUAGGUAAUAUUCCAAAUACAAUUUUAACUAAAAAUAAAAAAAAUCAAAGGAUUUAUGUAUGAAACUUUCCAUUAAUAAUAUUACCAUGCUCAUGCAUAUUCAAUAUGGAGGAAUCAUCAAAUGCAAAAU